AUGGAAGCCGCCAAAGAAGUUGUUUUUGUUCUUGCUACCAUCUUUGCAACGACAGAAUGUUUGAUCCCGCUAUUACUUAAACGCGACCCGUCCGAUAGUUGUUCUGACCAGCUGCAAGAAUGUCUGGUGCCCGUGAGGGAUAAUCCAAGACUUAGUCAUGUGCGAUCCACCGACUAUCGCGAAAUUGUCAGAAAAAUUGACGACAUUUGCCAACUGAAGCCAGAAGUUGAAGGAUGUGUUCGAUCAAAACUGGAUCACUGUGAUGAAGAAACGAGAGACAGGCUACAACUUGCGCUCUCUAUUGGUGAUUUCCUGUGCGGUCCUCGUGGAUUAUCGUUGAUGAGAGAUAUCAAGCUAACCUCGCCGUGUAUCAAUGGCUAUAUCAGAACGGACAGAAUUCAGAACAUUAUAUUCCACUGCACUAUGGAAGCUUACUUUGACACACCUACUGCACCUACUCCAUGUCA